UAGUUAUAUGCCGAAAGUUUGUUGUGGUUGUAUUCUUAUGAAUACAAGGUUAUGAAUUAGUGUUUUGCUUGUUAGAUGUAAUUGAAGUUGAUUAAGUUAUGAGUUCUCUGAGCCUGGGUUUGAAUUUUUGGAAUAGAAAUUGGAAUUAGGGUAAUUUCUUUCAAAUUCAAAAUAUUUUUGAAUGUAUUCCAAUCCCCAUAGUCCCAAUUCUGGUUCAUCUAAUAAAAACAAGCUGUUUAAGUGAUGCUAGUACAGAUUUGGUUGACAACUAAAAUGAAAACAAGAAAUUGAUGAGCCUCUAUUGAUUUGUGGCUUGUGAAAGUAAUUUGCUCCCUUUAAGGGGAUGAAAUGGAGCUGAAUUAGAUUGAAUGCCAUCUUUUCAUUGGUACAAUCUCUAAUUUUACCUGAUAGGCAUGAAAGCUUAGUGUUAUUAACAGAUAAACUACAUACCAUUCAAACUUUGAAUAUUUAAUUCAAUGGGAGAAAACCACUAUUAUUUUCAGGUACCCUUCCGAGAAGCUCAUCUGUGCUUUUUAUUCGAACUUUCUCCUCCUAUUUUUCUGAGAUGUUUCUUUUUGCUGUUGACUUGUUACUUAGCAGCCUUAUAAGUUUUUAGACAAACAAUGCAAUUAAUUGCAUGGGAUUAUUGUCAAGUUUCUUGGUUGCAUGUGUUUACAAAUUUAGAUUGUAGGAAUCCAAACUAGAUGAGAUAGCAUUUUAGGCUGCAAACUUGGUGCAUCAGUGAAUAUUUCAAGAAAGUGUCGGAGGGGGUAUGGCUAAGCAUCAUCCUGACUUGAUUAUGUGUCGGAAGCAACCAGGGAUAGCCAUAGGAAGGCUUUGUGAGAAAUGUGAUGGCAAGUGCGUGAUAUGUGAUUCCUAUGUGCGUCCUUGCACUCUUGUUCGGGUAUGUGACGAGUGCAAUUAUGGAUCUUUCCAAGGCCGUUGUGUUAUCUGUGGCGGGGUGGGAAUUUCUGAUGCCUACUAUUGCAAAGAAUGUACUCAGCAGGAAAAAGACAGGGAUGGAUGCCCAAAAAUUGUCAAUUUGGGGAGUGCCAAAACCGAUCUGUUUUAUGAACGGAAGAAAUACGGCUUCAAGAAGAGAUGAUGCGUUUCUAUAUGGUUUGUGUUGAUGGUCGGGGUAGGAGUUGUGGGUAGUCAUGGUAAACAACAAUGCAUCUUUGUUGUGCUAUUCUGCAGUAUAGAUAACAUUCUCGUUUAUGUAAAACACCGAAUUUUUUCAGAUUCAUGUGAUUGAAAAUAGCUCCUGCUUGUUGAAUUUAUAUUGUGUAUUUGAGUGAGGUACUCUUCCUUGUCUUUAUCUAUCA